CCCCCAAAUAAUAACAAGUACGCGAACAUAUACCCCAUACCCUAUCUCCUUCUUCUUCUCCUUCUCCUUCUCCUUCUCCUCCUCCUUCUCCUUCUCCUCAAUAAUAAGCUCACACCCCAGUCAUUCAGCAGCAGCCACAGACUUCCCCAGCAGCAGCAGCAUCACUCAAUAUGGCUCAAUCACAGGCGGUGACCUCGCCGUCCGCGUCUACAUCAACAUCAACAGUCGCUCAAAUCCUCAGUGCCCCAACUAACACGAGCGCCAUCGACAUGUCGCGCGAAACCACCAUUGCUUCACCUUCAAUCCCAGAACUCUCCAGCCUUGAGAAGGUGCGCCAAAAGCUACAACCACUUUUACUCUACGUCGUCUCGACUGCUCAAUUCCUUGAUAUCGUCAAUGGUGCCUCAGUCUCGGUGGCGAUUAUCCCAAUCGCUGAUGAGCUCAAGUUUUCUGUCCCGGUUAUGCCCUGGAUCCUCAAUGCUUAUACCAUCGCCUUUGCAGGCCUCCUCCUCCUCUCUGGCCGUCUCGGAGAUCUCUUUGGCCAUCGCCGGAUGUUCCUCUUCGGUCUCUUCUGGUUUGCGACCUGGGCCCUUGUCGUCUCCUUCGCUACUUCCCCCAUCAUGUUCGUCAUCGCCCGUGCCCUCCAAGGCGUCGGUGCUGCCGCGACUGUCCCGACGGCGAUGGCACUCAUCGCGACCAACUAUCCCGCCGGCCCUGAACGCACGAAGGCGUUUUCGAUCUUUGCAGCCUUUGGCGGCCUUGGUGCCGUGUUCGGGAUCCUCAUGGCCGGAGGACUCAUCUCCACUAUCGGAUGGGUCUGGAUCUUCAGGAUCUCGGCCAUUGCGGCCUACCUCGUCUUGAUAUUCGGGUUCCUCUCCAUCCCAGUGGCGCCGCCCAAGGAUGAGAAACCCAAGGUCGAUUACGUUGGCGCGACCACGGCUACUCUCGGGAUCACAGGGGUGGUCUACUACAUCACAACGGGUGUCGAAGACGGUUGGGCGAGUCCCAAGACGCUCCCGGUCUUUAUCGCGGGCCUAGUCCUCCUCGGCGCAUUCAUCUAUACAGAGUCCAAGGUCAGCGCACCACUGAUGCCUUUCCGGAUCUGGAAGAGCCGGACGUUCACGGCCUCGGUCGUGUUGGCGUUUGUGCAGAUGGCGAUGUUCCAGGGCGUGAUCUAUUUCACGAACAUGAUCUUCCAGGAGGUCUACGGAUGGACCGCGAUCCAGACCGCCCUCGGGUUCUUGACCCACUCGCUCUUGGCCGUCGUGACGUUCACGACGAUGGGACGGAUCCUGCCACGCCUGCGUCUCAAGCCCCUGAUCCUCACCGGAUUCUUGCUCCGGUGCGUGGCCGCGCUGCUGCUCUCGUUCGUGACGGAGCACACGAGCUACUGGCGCCUGGCCUUCCCGGGCCUGAUCCUCCAUGUCUUCGGGGUCGGGUUCUCGAUGCUCCCGAUCCAGAUCACGGCCGUGCGUGAUGCGGAGAAUAAGGACCAGGGAUUGGUUGGCGCGAUCUAUAACACGGGUCUGCAGUUCGGUGCACCCUUUGGGCUGUCGAUCCUGAACGUGAUCUCGAUCGCGACGAACGGGAACGAUGUCGAGGGUGUGCAUGGGGGUGCUGCGAUGAUGAGGGGUUAUAAGAAUGCGUUCUAUGGGAUCAUUGCGAUGGGGCUCUUUGGAUUCCUGUUGGCGAUGGUAAUCCUGCCCUGGGACAGGCCCGCGAUUCCGGCCAAAAAGGAGGUGACAAAGGAGCAGGAGCAACUGGAUUUGGAGGUUGGUAGUCCAAUGGAUGGGGAGUCCGUGGUGGAUGAGAUGGACACCAAGGUCGAGACCGACGCCGGCACGAUUCAGGGCGAGAAGGAGGACGAGGUCAAGGCCUAG